AUGGCGGUGCGGGGCUGAGCCCGUCCCUUUCCGGCCCCUCACGCCGCCGCCGCCAUGCCCCUCGCCAAGGACCUGUUGCACCCGUCUCCCGAGGAGGAGAAGCGCAAGCACAAGAAGAAGCGGCUGGUGCAGAGCCCCAACUCGUACUUCAUGGACGUCAAGUGCCCCGGCUGUUACAAGAUCACCACCGUGUUCAGCCAUGCCCAGACCGUGGUUCUCUGCGUGGGCUGCUCCACGGUGCUCUGCCAGCCCACGGGGGGCAAAGCCCGGCUCACCGAGGGCUGCUCGUUCCGGCGGAAGCAGCACUGAGCCGGCCGGGAUGCGACAGAGACGGGAAUUCCGCCCAGUCCCUGCAGCCCCCUCCGCUUCCCACCAAUAAAUUUUGGAUAAAACACCCAAAA